AUGCGGGAGGCAAAGUGCGUGGGCGGCGGCGGCGGCGGCCUCCAGCCGGGCGUGCACAGUGGCCAGCCAGGGCUAAUAGUCGGCGUGGCCACCUCUGGGAGUCAGCGACUGCCCGUCCUCCCAACUGGAGCAGCAGCGCAGCUCGGAACGCUGGGGCCCUGCCCACUCGGCCGCGGCUCGUGGCCACUGGCGAGCACCGCGUGCAGCUCCUCCGUUGGCGCCAGGAAGGCGAGCAUCGGCCACCAGUCUGCGGAACCUGUGUCUGGGUGGUGGGACGGAGAAAGUGCUCGCAGCAUGGGCCACGGAGACUGCGGUGUGAAAGCUGAGGAGGAGGACGAGGUGGCUCUGCCAGCAGCGCUGCAGGAGGAGGCGGCACGCGAGCUGCGAGAGGACGCGUCAGUGCGGGCCCACGGCCUGCAGCAGAUGCGCGCCUGGCUUCGCACGCAUCCGGCCAUCCGCCGCUGCCGUACCGAUACUCCCUUCCUAUUGCGCUUCUUGCGCACCAAGAAGUUCAGUGUGCCACUCGCUCAGGACAUGCUCGAGCGCUACCUCACCGUGCGCCAGCUCUACCCGCACUGGUUCCGCGGGCUCGACGUCGACGACCCCGACCUCUCCGACAUACUCGACAGUGGGUACUUGAUUCCUCUGCCAGAACGUGACGAACAUGGCCGACAAGUCCUCCUGUCCUGUGCAGGUCGAUUUGACCCUUACAAGUACUCUUCAGGACACAUGGCUCGCUGUCACAGCCUGGUGGUCGAGGCACUUAUGGAUGAACCGGAAAAUCAGAUUCGAGGAUAUACCUACCUGAAUGAUGAAUCUGGUCUUCUCAUGGGCCACAUCAGCUUGUGGUCAUUCACAGACAUCAGAAGCAUGCUACGGUGCAUACAGAACUCAACCCCAAUGAGGCAUAAAGAGAUGCAUUUCCUUCAUGUUCCACAUUAUGCCAACAAAGUUUUUGAGUUCUUCACUGCACUUAUGAAUGAGAAGUUAAGGUCCCGUGUUGUGUUUCACCCAAGUAUUGAUGACCUGAAAGAAACUGUGAACCCAAAAAUACUGCCAAAAGAAUAUGGAGGUUUCAUUCCAAUGGCUGACAUGAUAGCGAACUUCAAAACUGUUCUCAGAAGGAAGAGAGAUGUUCUUAAAUCACUAGAUGAUAUGGAGAUAGACCUGAAUUAUAAAACGUCAUACAUUACCGAUUUAGAAGAUGAACUAAGUGGUGUUGCAGGAAGCUUCCGAAAACUUGAGGUGGACUAGAAUUACUGCUGUAUUGUGUAAUAUAUUUUACAUCAAAAUUAAAUCAGUUUUAUAUAAAUGUGACUGUUGUAUGGCAUUUCUAAAUGUCUUAUCAAUUUUACAUGAUAAGCGCAGGAUACAGUAGUCAUUUUUGGUGGUUUCUUUUCCAUGUGAAUUCUUGCAGUAUUAGAAAUAUUUGUGUAUCGUAGUGACCUUGGGAAACUGUUCUCCCAGUCUGAUCUCUUCUGUAUUUUGAUAUGUUUUGCACUGUUCUUAGAACAUGGUUGAACUUUUAUAGUCCUAUGACAUUUCACAGUUUAACAUAUUUAUCAGUUCACUGACAGCUACUUUAACAAUUGUGAGUUAUUGUAUCUGUAGAUCAUUAAAUGAGAUAGCUCCAAUGUCAUUUUGAGAAACAGUUUUUAUUUGUUUUGAUCUUGCUAUUACUAUACCAAAACAUCAGAGAGGAUUCAAUUUCUUUGAUCUACUGGAUGCUUUAAAAAUAACAGAUCAAAAUUAUUUUACCAAGAAAUAACAGCAGUUCCAAUAACAGUAAUAAGCACAAAGUCCAGAGAAAGGUAUAUAAAAUAAAGAUAGAUUAAUUCAUUAUUUACAACUCCUGCUUUGCUUUAGCAUUACCCAAUUUGAAAUAAAUAUAUACAUGCAUUGUAUAGCAGGUGCUUCAUACUUGAAUCUUAUUCUAAGAAAACACCUGAUGUGGAAUGAACACAGGUUAUGUAUUUAUUUAUGUCUUUAAAGACACUUGAGAUUUCUGCUUAGUGUUGUUCUGUUUAUAUGAUAAAGUAACUGAGUUGAGUUGUGUGAA